AAUGUCUGGACAUUAAAUCAUUACCCAACCUUAGAGUCGUAGUCAAUAUCAAAGCAACAAUAAUAUCUUAACUGCUCAACCAAUUUAAUAGUAAUCUUAAAAUCCUCUGAAUUAUCCAAGUAAUGCCAUUCCUGCACCUUUUAUGCCUCCUCAAAUGAAUCAAUAAUAAUAUGUGCAAUCUCAAGUAUACUAACCAAAAUUGAUGGAAAACACAGUUAGAAUGUAAUAAUAACCUGAAACACAUUGUCCAUUCUGUUUGACUUGCUAAUAACAUAAGAGUGAUUUAUUAUCAAGGUAGGAUGCAUAGAAAGCUAAACCUUAAGGAAAUAGUAAUUUUCCAGAAUAUGAAUAUGGUGUUUGUCCUGAUUGUGAAGGAGAAACUGGAGAAGGAGAUCCAGAAGAUGACAUUGGAAAGGAAAAUUAGAAACUUCGAGAUGAUAUUGCUGCCAAAGCAAAAGCAAAUAGAAAAUUAAGGAAUGAUGUGGCUAGAUUAUAGACUGAAUUAGAUAGAAUCAAACAUUUACCAGAAGAAAAUGAGAAAUUAAAAGCUAUGAUAGGUCCGUUAGAAGAUUAAUUAAGAGAUGCUAGACAUAAGAAUUAAGAUUUACUUGAUGACAAUAAUAAAUUAGGGAAUGUAUACUUAUUAUUUAUCAUAAUAGUAAGUUAAAGAUCUAAGAAAUAAUAUAGAUAAAGCUAAUAAUGCAGCUAAAGAUAAUGAUAAUUUAAAAAAGGAAAUAGAAGAUCUAAAAAAGAAGAAUAAAGAUAAUGAUAAGGUGAUAGAGGAAAACAAUGAUCUUAAGAAUAAAUUAAAUAGAUUAAAGGGAGAUAGAGAUAAAAUGUUAGCAGAUUUAGCUGCCUUAGAAAAAUAGAAUGGAGCUAUUAAGUAAUAAAUUAUUCAUAAUUAAGGGAUAAGUUAGGAAAAUUAGCCAAAGAAAAUAAUGAUCUCUAAAAAGAUUUAGGAGAUUUAAAGAAAGUAAACAAAGAUUUGGAAAAGAAAUGCAAUGAUCUUUAAUUAGAUAAUGAUAAUUUACAUCUAAAUUUAGGUGAUGUUAAAGGAGACAGAGAUAAAGCUAAAGAUUAAUUAAAUGAUUUACAUAAAAAUAGGAAUCAAUUACUUGAUGAAUUGGGUAAAGUGAGAGAUAAAUUAAAAGAUGCAGAGUAUUGAUUUAAUUAUAAUAUUAUUUUAGAAAGGAUAAAGAUGAUCUAGGUAAGAAAUUGAAUAAUGUUUAAAAUGAUGCAAAAAAGGCAGGAGAUGUACCUAAAUUGAAAAGAUAAUUAGAUAAUGCCUUAUUAGAAUUAGAUGACUUAAAGGCUGAAAGAUAAGAAUUAGAGUAAUAUAAUUUAUUAUAAUUUUAGUUAACAUUUAAAAUAAGUUCAUGAUGAUUACAAUAAGGCUUUGAAAAUAUUAAAAGAUAAUGGUCUUUUAGGACUAUUGGAUCCAUCUGAAUAAUAACCUAAUUAGAAACAACCAAAUCCCAAUGGAUAAUUUGGUCCAUCAGGUUAAAGUUAAGCAUUCAAUCCUAAUCAAUAACCUCUUUAUGCUCCAAAUGGAUAGCCUCUCUAUGGUCCAAAUGGAUAACCAUUAUAUGGUCCUUAGAAUGGUUAACCUGCUUAUGGACCAAAUGGAUAACCUAUUUAUGGACCUAAUGGAUAACCCAUUUAUGGACCAAAUGGUCAACCAGUUUAUGGUCCUGUAAGUUAAUAUGGAUAACCAGGCCAAUAAGUUAAUAGUGCAUAUUUGGGAACUCCAAAUUAAAUUUCUUAAAAUAAAAUUGGAAUGAAUCCUAUGAAUUAAUCAAAUUAAUGGGGAGGUGUUAGUGGAAAUGGUGGGAGACCUUCUUAUGAAGAACUGAUUUUGGAUAAUAUAAGAAUGAAGAAAUGUAUUGAUUAGUUAAACUAUGAUUUAAAGAAUAGUAAAAAAUGA